CAAACGUCCGUUUCAAGUCCCUAGCUAUGGAGACUACCAUCAUGCAUGAUCCCCGCAUCAUGGCGACAAUCAUUCUAUCCAUACACCUUGUACUUGUCAUUGUUUGCAAUGACAAGCUCUUCCCCCGCAUUGCAGUCGACCAACUCGCACGAAUACAAUGCCUCGUCUGUUUAGCAAUUUUGACGUGAGAGCAAACAUGUAGACCGCUCGCCUCAAGCUAUAAAGCUCGCAGUGAAGGCCGUUACCGACCCUGCAUUGUCCAUUUGCUCUUUUGAUUUACUCUAAUUCCUUCCCAGCACGCCAUGUUACCUAAAGUCAUCGAAAUUGAUGAUAAUUCUUUCCCUGCUGCGUUUGACCUCCUUCGUCAGGAUUACCACACAUGUAGACGUCGAUGGACGUACGCUUCGUGGGAGCUGUCGAGGACCCCAAAGACAAAUAUCCUGGAAGAAAUCACAGUCCAAGGCCACCACCACCUUGCCGAGUUCUCGAGAUGCCCUCGCUCUUCUGCAGCACCGUAUCAGAACCGACACAUGUCGGAAGCUUCUUAUAUUCCGAUGUACACACAACCCAGUCCACCAUCCCCCGGAAGAAAGCGGGCAUUGUUGAUUGGAAUUAAUUACAAAGGUCAACGCUAUGAACUUAGAGGGUGCAAUAACGACAUUCAUAAUCUCUUACCAUGCCUUAUUAAUCAGUGGGGAUACGAUCCUACGGACAUUGUACAAUUAAUUGAUGACGGCUGUGGCCCCCUACCAACUAAGCACAAUAUUUUACUUGAAAUGCGCCGCCUGGCAUAUUAUGCAAGACCAGGUAACUCCAUGUUCUUUUAUUUUUCGGGGCAUGGGGGCCAAGUCCGCGACCUGGAUGGCGAUGAAGUUGAUGGUUAUGAUGAAUUCAUAUGUCCAGUCGACUAUCAACAGUCGGGUGUGAUUAACGACGAUGAAAUACACGAAAUCAUGGUAAAGCCACUGGCAGCUGGGUCACGGUUGACGGCGCUCUUUGAUUCAUGCCAUUCCGGCACGGUGCUUGAUUUGCCUUACCUUUAUGAUUCCAGACAGUGCAAGUUCGUCGAUGGCGUUACGCCAAAUGCUCGCGUCCGGAAGCACUCCCAGGCACAAGUUUUUUGUUUCUCGGGUUGUGGGGAUUCCGAAGAGAGUGAAAGUGUCGUAAUGCCUGGUCAACCUAUUGGCGGACUUAUGACCUUUGCUUUCAUACAUGUUUUCUCUUGCACGCAGGCUCUAGCCUUCCAAACCGUAUUUGAACAAAUACGCGCGUUCGUUCGUGUAACCUUACCAGACGCCAGACAAGAACCUCAGUUUUCCUGCUCAGAUCCUCUCGAUACAACACUGCCUUUCUAUAUCUGAACGCUUGGAAAUGGAAUUGGGUCGUAAUCACUCCUUAUAUGUUAACAUGAUCGUGCAUAUUUGAUCUUGGUGACAUCGUUCCGAUAUAAGCCGCUCGCAAGUAUGAAUUGAUUGGGUCCAGAUGCUCAGCACGGUUCUCAUAUCG